CUCCACCUACGUGCAUGGCAAUAUCGAACACCAGCGAAGGAUCGAUCGAAAUGUUUUCUCGAAGCUGUACAUUUCGUUUGAAAUUUUAUGUUUGAGGGAAGAAAGAGGGACGAAUUGAAGAUUUUAUAGAAGCUCAACGUUUGAUCUGGGUCUUUUAUUGAAGGAGACCUAGUACUACGGACUUUGAGCGAUUGGAUUGGAUCUGAUUUCUUCUGUUGUUUCUGGAUUCGAUCGAGAAUGGGAGUCGAUUAUUACAAUAUAUUGAAGGUGAACAGGAAUGCCAAUGACGACGAUCUCAAGAAGGCGUAUAGAAGGUUAGCCAUGAAAUGGCACCCUGAUAAAAACCCCAACAGCAAGAAAGAAGCUGAAACCAAGUUCAAGCAGAUCUCCGAGGCGUAUGAGGUGUUGAGUGACCCUCAGAAGAGGGCAAUCUAUGAUCAAUAUGGUGAAGAAGGGUUAAAAGACAUGCCACCACCAGGCAGUGGAACCUUCCCAUUCGGAAACGGAGGCGGCGGUGGUGGAGGCGGAGGUGGAGGCGGGUCGAGCGGGUUUAAUCCAAGGAAUGCAGAGGAUAUCUUUGCAGAAUUCUUUGGAAGCAGUCCUUUUGGGUUUGGUUCAUCAGGACCGGGGAAGUCUAUGAGGUACCAAUCAGAGGGAGGAGUUUUUGGGGGAUUUGGUGGAAGUGAAAACGUUUUCAGAACAUAUAGUGACAACGUAACACCAAAGAAACCCCCACCAGUAGAGACCAAAUUGCCCUGCACUCUUGAGGAGCUCUACUCUGGAUCAACAAGAAAGAUGAAAAUCUCAAGAACAGUUGUUGAUGCAAAUGGACGCCAAGUCCCUGAGACAGAGAUAUUGACAAUAGAUGUGAAGCCCGGAUGGAAGAAGGGAACAAAGAUCACCUUUCCAGAUAAGGGGAAUGAACAACCAAACCAACUGCCUGCAGAUUUGGUGUUUGUUAUUGAUGAGAAGCCCCAUGAAGUUUUCAAGAGAGAUGGUAAUGAUAUCAUUAUGAAUCAUAGGGUGACAUUAGCAGAGGCAUUGGGUGGAACCACUAUAUACGUCACAAUGCUCGAUGGUCGUAAUUUGUCGAUACCCGUAAUUGACAUUGUUAGUCCAGGUUAUGAGCUUGUCCUUGCCAGAGAGGGAAUGCCAAUCGUAAGAGAACCGGGUAACCGGGGCGAUUUGAGGAUCAAAUUCGAUGUAAAAUUUCCUACGAGAUUAACCCUCGAGCAACGAGCAGGACUCAAACGUGCUUUGGGAGGUUGAUGAAGAAGAAAAAGAAGGUAUUAUUGGUGAUAUUUAAUCUGCUAAAGGUGAAAACUAUAGUAAUGGAUUGUAAAACUAUAGGGUCUAGAAAAUCAUAUGCCCUCAUAAAUCUAGGUGUGGGCUCUUGUAACUUAACCAUAAAUGUCUAUUCAUUU